CACUUUAUUCGUACAUCUGCCGUUGUUGGUAAUAUAGUAAGUGUGGUUGAGUUUUAUAGGUUAUGAUUGUAAUAGAUAUAUAGGAAAAAUCGUGCAAAAACCAAGAUAUUGAUAAUAUUUUCAAGAAUUGUAUUAAUUUAAUAAAUUUCAUGAUUUAACAUAAUUAUUAAAGUAUUUAAUUACUUUUGUAUUUAAAAAAUGGCUAUAAAAAAAACUCAACGGCAUGCACGUGCAAUGCAAAAAGGUGUACGAGGUUCGUUUAAAAAUAUUGAGAAACAAAAACAAGAAAAGAAAAUUAAGGUAAAGGAUAAGAAAGCUUUGAUUAUUGCACAAGAAAUUAAAUUUGCACGGUUAUUGGCAUGUAAUGAUAAGAAAAUAAGAGAUAAAGUUUUAAAAAGCGUCAAGAAAUGGUUAACAGUACGUUCUAAAAGUUCAUUUGAAUUAACAGAAGCAGAUUUUAUGAGAUUAUGGAAAGGUUUAUUUUACUGCAUGUGGAUGUCAGAUAAACCGUUAGCUCAAGAAGAGUUAGCUGAAUCCCUUAGUAAAAUUGUACAUUGUUUGGAUUCGAUGUCAAACGUAUUAUUGUAUACUAAAAGUACUUUGAAAACUUUAGCGAUAGAAUGGUUUGGUAUAGAUCAAUAUAGAUUGGAUAAAUUCGCAAUGUUAGUGAGGAGAAUAUUACGACAAACUUUUAAAAUAUGUCAUGAUAAAAACUGGGAUAUUGAAUGGGUACAAGGUUUAAUGGAAAUUUUAGAACAACUUUUAUUGGAUAAAAAAUUUUGUUUAGGUUUUAAAAUGCAUGUAACAGAAUUAUAUUGGGAAGAAAUUGCAAAGGUCAGCUGUGGAAAUUUACCAGAAGAUAUUGUCACAAUACUUAUUAAGCCAUUUACUGCCUAUUUGACUACAAUAGAAGAAGAAAGACUAAUUAAGCAUAUCAUGAGACAUAUUUUUAGAUAUCUUAUUUUUCAAUCCAAUAUUGGAAUGGAUUAUAAAGAAAAAUUUGAAGCAUGGAAACAAGCAGGAUUUCCUUGUGGUAGUAUUGAUGUUAUGCAAAAAAUAGAAGAAUCAGAUGAAGAUAGCGAUGAAGAUAGUAAAAUACUCUCUGAAAAAGAGUUAACAGACACCACGGAAAAAGCUUUAGAUCCAAGAGCUGGUAGAGUGGACGUUGAACUGCCACAAAUCAAUUUUAAUGCUAAAAAAAUAGCUGAGUUAAUCAAACAAUAUAAAUUUCAUCCAUCAUCAACAACAAAAUCGCGAAGACAAAUAGCACGUCUUAUAGAAGAAUUUACAGAAAUUUCGGAAGGUAGAAUGCCUCUUGGUAUAAAAGAAAUAAAAGUUAUAGACAAAGAUAGAUCAAAAACGGAUCCGAAAAAAGCUGCAUUACGUUUAUUGAAAUUUGAUGAAGAAUUAUAUUCAGAUAGUCAUAGAAGUAAACGAAAGAAGAAGAAAAAUGAACAAUCAGAUGAAAAUUCUAUUAAUGAAUCACAAAGUGAGAGUACUACUUUAGAAUCAAAUAAAGAAUUAAAUAAAAAGAAAAGAGUUAAUCAAGAUUUAAAAUAUAGUUCAUAUGAAUCGAAUGAAACAAUAGAAUCACGUUUAAAAAAUUCAAAGAUGACCAAAGUACCAGCAUUGAUUAUUAAUCGUUCUAAGAAUAAACAAAAAAAACGAAAUCAACUUGAGAGAGGAAUUUUAAAACAUAAGAAAAAUGACAUGAGUACGAUUGUAUCUAAUAAAGUAAAUAAACAAAAAAUAGGGAAAACGAAAUCAACUUUACGAAUUCACGAAAAAAAUACAACUAAAAAUGUAAUUGUACACAAAUUGAAAAAAUUAAAAAAUAAUAUAUGUGGACAAUGGGAUGUAUCAGAUAACAUUGUUCCACCUAUCUCUUUGACUCCAAUUCACACUAAUGUUAACGAAAAUAAAACUAAUAACGUAUGUAAUACAGAACUUAAUACAUCGAUGUCAAGCGAUACAAAUGAUGCAACGUUCGAUAAACAGAUAGAAUGGUUGAGACCUACAUUAAAAAAAUCUAUAGCAUCAACGGAACACCUCCAAGAACAAAAUAAAUCUAUUAAUGAUUCAAGAUUAAAAAAACGCGUAAAGAUCGUCUUACAGCGUAACACUUCUCAACAUACGUCUGAUUAUAUUCAACAAAUCCGGAAAAGUCCAGCUAUCCCUUUCGAUGCUAAUAAAAAACCUUUAGUAGGUGUUUUAAAAGCGAGCCCUAUACCAAGUCCAGUAAAUCCAUUUUAUAAAAGACACAUCAAAUAAAUACAAUUAUGCAACGAA